AGAGCAUGCGUAGAAAAUUCAUUGUCAUAGUUACAAUCCGAAGGUUAUAGGUCAUUCUUAUCUGCUGCAGAUAUGCAUGCGUACUCCGAUAAAAAAUAUCAUGAACGGUUGUAUAGAAAUAACUAUGAUUUAAUUUUCCGUAUUUUAAUUCAACCUGCCGUGAUUUUUUUUGCGAUUACGAUAUCCCCCCAUAGCUGGGUGUUCAACCUAGUGUUACAGCUUCGUGGAUACCCCUACUCUCUCGACUCUGUAGGCUUUGCUUGCUAUCUCGAUACAGCGCUAUAACGCUGGAAAAAGCUGUUCUAGAUUUACGAAUAAGCAAUUACUCUGAUUGUGAACAGUGCAACAAGUCGAGUUAGUCUAGGAUUAUGCGAGUUCGUACAAAGCGUUUUCAAUCUUCAAUAUUAUUCCCACAUCUGAUAUAAUACUGAAAAAUCCGAGCUGGUAUCGAGAUGUCUAAGCUAGCAAGCUUUUAUGGGCUGGUCGGCCUAGGAUCUCUAUGUUUGGUAUUUUUAUUCUUCAACCAAAGGUACGGCAGCCCAAUGAAGCAUCGAAUACAACCGAUAUUAGCAGUGGGACGAUCCUGGGAGGAUUUUGAAACAACACCAGAGCCCUAUGAAUUUGAGGAACCAGUAUCGAACGCACCUGUCGUCAAGGAAGCUGAUGAUUCGGUUGCCACGUUGAACGAAAUACAGCAAGUCCUUAAUCUGCAACGAAGGAUGAUUCGCGACGAUAUGAUAGGUUACCAAUAUCCCAAUGGCAGAUACAAUAAAAGUGCCAAAAGACUUGAAGAUUUAGUGAUGGAAAAAAAUGGGAAACCAAUCAGAAGUGUCAUUAUAACAACAUGGCGUAGCGGAAGUACGUUUCUCGGCGACGUUCUCACGGCACAUCCCGGGGUCUUUUAUCACUAUGAACCGCUUUUAGAUUUUGACAUUGUUCAAAUUCGAGGUCCUCCCUUGGCCAGCCAAGCUUUAAGAAAUCUUAAAGCGCUACUGAACUGCGAAUACGAAGAUCUAGAUCACUAUAUACAAUUUGGAAGGGGCCAUUCUUGGCUUUUGAAUCAUAACUCACCACUGUGGAAGCAAUGCCAAUCUCACAGAAGAAUCUGUUAUAAUCACAGAUUUCUUAGCGGAAUGUGUAAACUUUUUCCAUUUCAGUCAAUGAAGCUUGUCCGUCUCAGAUUACGUGUUGCGCAACAACUUCUUGCCGAUGAAAAAUUAGCUGUAAGAUUGAUUCUCUUGGUGAGGGAUCCCCGUGGGACUCUUCAGUCGAGAAAACACCGUUCGUUUUGCCGCGAAAGUCCGGACUGUUCAGACCCAAGUUUACUCUGUGCAGAUAUGGUGUCAGAUUACAACGCCGCAGUGGAAUUGCAGCGGAAAUAUCCCUCUACAUUUAGGGUGAUACGAUACGAAGAUCUGGCUGUUGAGCCUUAUAAACACGUGGAAGAACUUUUUAAAUUUUAUGGCCUCGACUUUCACCCGAGUGUGAAGAGGUUUCUAGACACUCAUACAAAAAAUGACGUCGGCGGUGUGUCCAGUACAUACAGAAAUUCGAAAGCGGCACCUUUUCACUGGAGGGCGGAUUUAGAAUUUGAAGAAGUCGAAGAAAUUCAACGAAAUUGCGUUGUCGCUAUGAAACACUGGGGUUACGUGCAUGCAAUCAACGCUUCUCAUCAAAGAGAAUUCAAUCCCAUAACAGACUACGUGCUACGUUUGUGACACACUGCGUCGAAGUCUGUAGCGAUAUCAGAAUGUUAUUUCAAAUUGAAUGUACAUCUCAAACGAGAGUUACAGAUUUAGCAGGUUAGUCAAAGUUAUUAACAGCACCAAUUUGUUAUUAUUCAAAAUUUGACUACCGUACACAGGUCCUUGUGGUUUCGGAAUGCGUGCAUGCCAGUAUUCCGGCACCUCAAAGAUUUAUUUUUCCAAAGGUAAAAGUAAAGAUAUAAGUAAAGAAAAGAAAAUACACGCAAAGUGUGAGAAAACAAUGAAAGAAAACAUGACAAUAUCAUGACACUUACAUACAGUCAAAUGAAUUUGUAAUUAUUAUUCAAUCAUGGUUCAACAAGGUAUAACUCUCACCUUUUACUUUUGGGAUCAUAGGUAUUAUUAUAUAAGCAGUAUUACGGGCGAUUCUUUUUUCUGUACAUGUGAAUCUACUUUUUUCCAUGAACAAAUUUUGCACCGUUAGAUUAAAACUCAAAGUCAGACUACGCGAAAGCUUUGAAGUGCCCUUUGCGUAUCAAGCCAUGCUACCAGUGUUUAUUACCAGUAUUGUUCAUACGUUAGGGAGAAAAAUAAAAUAUGGAUCUGACGUGGCAAACAAGCAUACGCAAAAAGACACAAAGUUACGCGACAUGGAUCCUGUGAUCUCGCGACGCUCACCUCGUCGGUACAUUUCAAAGGUUGUACACGCGAACGAAUUAAGAAAAUAUGACAAAUUAUUGAUAAUGAAUAACGAAUCGGAUGUUCAGUUUCAUCAGGUACAAAAUUUUGAAUACUAUCCGAGGAUGUUUUAGUUACUUUAUUUCGGACAGCCAGAGUGUCCUAACGAUCACGAAAUUAUUGCACGACUAUUAAAAACAUCAACGAUUAUUCAAUGUAGCUGGACUGCAGAAUAUGGUAGCUUGAGUUAACAUUAUUUAAGUUUACCAAGCUGUGAUUAGAGUCAAUUUUCCAGAUACAUAAGUCGUGUAAUUCGCGAAUGUUUAGAUAUUUCAUCUAUUUUGUAGGUAUUUACAAGUCUGUUAUCAUGAAUAGUUUUAUUUCAUUUUACUUUUCCAAAUAUAAAUCGUGAACUAAACGGUACACGAUUCACCAAAUUGUUCGCUGCUCGUUUGGCACAUAGAAUCGUUCGUACAGUAAUUACAUCGCUCAAAAUUACUUCAUUCCCUGCGCCAAUUUCCGAUUGGGCAUUGAAUUCAAAUGAACAGAUAUGCAUCGUUUCUCCGACGCGAGAAGAAUCCUCGGCUACAUACGGAAAACAUAUCAUUGUGAAAGACACUUUUCCGGACCUUAUGAUUUCUUGUUUGAGCCCCAACGAUUACUUGGCAGAGUUAUGAAAGCUCAAUUAAGCACGAUAGAUUUCAAAUAUUAUUAGCAUAACUGGCACGGCAUAUAUAGUAUGAUCGAAAGUCAUUUGACGAAUAUAAUUGAAAGUUACACGAAAAGCAUGCCAGUACUUGAAGUAAAUGAGUAAAAAAUU